AUGACAACGAUAAGGAAGAUAUUUUGUUUAUGUGUGGCGUGCUGUAUUUUAACAGUUGUAUAUUAUUAUGAAAGCUUCAGUGAUAUUUAUAAAACUAGUAUAUCCAGUGGCAUUGAACUUGGGAGCAAGCAUUUCUACGACUUUCUACCAAGAAUGCUACUGUUGUCCACCGACAGGAAAGAGGAUACGUUGCCAGAUUGUGUACCUUUGAAUAAUGUGUGCUUCGUGAAGACAAGAAAAACCGGAAGCACGACAUUAUCGUCGAUCCUAAACCGCUAUGGUUUGAUACGAAACCUGUCCUUCGGAUUUUUGAAAACAAAUGCCAAAAGUGGACAUUUCAAUGUAAUACCGAUCACCAAUGAAAGUCCAAAGAAACUUUUCCUCCCCCCUUUGAACGUAAAACCAGGCGACUGGCCCAAGUACAAAUACAACAUGAUGACUGUGCAUGUGAGAUACAACAAAUCUGCUUUUGAAAGUUUCAUGUUGCCGGGAACCAAAUACAUUACUAUUCUAAGAGAACCGACUGCACAAUACGAAUCGGCAUUUGCGUAUUACAAACUAGCUUCUGUUGUGAAUAAGAUAAACAAGUCAAUACCAUUCAACGAAACAAUCUACGAGUUCAUGAGGCACAAAGACCUGUACUGGGCAAACACCAAACGGGCUAUAAGGUCUUACACAAGAAACGCGCAGAUUUUCGAUUUGGGCCUCGACCAUGUUUACCACACAAACAUGACAGUUGUGUUGCCCUUCAUUCAACAUAUCGAAGAGAGCUUCGAUUUAGUUUUGAUUACAGAAUAUUUCGACGAAUCAAUUGUGCUCUUAAAACAAAUUUUGUGUUGGGAUUGGAAAGAUGUGGUGUAUUUUAUUAAAAACGCACGCCCUUCAGACACCGUCAACAGCAAUCUUACACUUGAACUCAGAAAUAAAAUUAUUGACUGGAAUUACGCUGAUUAUUUGUUGUACCAACACCUGAAUCAGACUUUCUGGAAAAAGGUACGCGAUUACGGACCGCAAUUUCAGCAAGAUCUAAAGACUGUACGUACAUACAGAGAAUCCAUGCAGGAUAACUGCGUUGGUAAUAUUUCGAGUAAAAAAUACAACGGCUUCGUGCAAAUCGGAUAUAUUCCAAGAGAAAACGUCUCAUCCUUGUGCCAGCUUCUAUCAGCGUACAAUACGGAGUUAAUUGAAAAAAUAACACUGAAACAAUCAUCUGGAUUUUACAUUGGUGAUAUUAACAAUCACACCACAGAGGUAUGUGGAUUCGAAUAUAGAGUAUACUGCGGUUACAGCAUCACGGGCAGCAGUUUUUAUAAGUGGCACUUCAACACACCCAAGGAUAUGAAUGACGUAACAACGAAGUCGAAUGAAGGAACCUUUUUAAAGACUCAAAGGCAGUCUGUGCCAAGGCAACGCCUUAAUGAAAGUACAUUUACAACCAAUUUGCUUUCGCCAGAGCUCAGACCGGGUAGUUACCGUAUCACAUUUCACUAUUCAAUAGGGACAGUAUCUAACAGAAAUAAUCGUCCGUUUAAUGUAACUCUUCGGAUGUGUGUAGUAGAAAUAUCAGUCAAAGGGAACAAAGGUUCACAUAGUGAAUGCAGCACACAUUGGGAAAUACAGAAGACGCCGGAUUCCAUGCGGAAGUUUGGAGGGAAAUGGAAUCGCGUAGUCUUGAAUGUUUCAAUCAAGCUUCCUUAUAAGAUUGUUUUUGAAGCAAGUCGGAAAGGUUUUGAUCUUCAAAUGGCCAUGGAUUUUGCACUGGACGACAUAUCUAUUGUGCCUACAAAUGACACAUAG